AUGGGCAUUAUAGUCAAACUCAUCGGUUCAGGAGUUGGUCUUGUAUCAGAAACAAUUCAUCAUCAUCGCAACAAGUCCUCACCCACCCUACCACAAGCUUCGUCCAAUGGCGAAAGUAGUCGAGCAGCUGCUCAAUCCGAUCACCAAUACAACGACGCCCCUCCUCAAUAUGUUGAGCUAUCCGCAGAAGAUGCCGAGAGAAUGAUGACAAGAGGCCAAGCUGUUCCAGUAAGUGAGAAAGAAAAGCACGAACUCGAAAAGGAAUACGAGCAUGAUGAUUCCUCGGACACAGAAUCAGAGGAAGGAGACGAGGAAGCUUGGGCUUUGGACGAAGCGGCAGAUAAAUCUGGCCCAGGCACACCUUCUGAAGAGUCUACACAAGAUGCCAAUGAGCUCGUCGAUGUGUUUGUGCGGAACCAUCCACCUCCAGCAUAUAGUGCUGAGAAACCGAAACUACCUUGUCCGGUCAUUCUCCCACAACGCAGACCUAGGGAUAAGAAACGUGGUUUCGUCAGAGCAUAUGCGCCAGUGUUGGAGGACUGCGGGAUUGAUCAGGCUGCUUUCUUGGAUUUCUUGAAAACAUUUUACCAUGCGAGCAAAUCUUCUCCGUGGUUACAAGUCAUAAAUGCAGCGGCCGGAAUUGUAGGAUUCGUGCCCGGCCCAAUCACGAUGGGUGUAUCUAUUGCUACUCAAUUUGCAGUUGGUGUGGCUAUGGAGCUACAGUCACGAUCAAGGACAAAUACCUUCCUCGAUAGAAUAAACAAUGAGUAUUUCAUGCCUCGUGGUCUUUACUGCUUGAUACUUACAUACAAGCCCGAAUCAUCGGAAACUCACUCAUCUGUUGAUAUUACCAAAGCAAUUACUUCAUCCCUUGAUGAUACAACCACAGGUUUCAAGAAGACAUUGAAGAACAUUAAACUAUCAAGCGGGACGACAUAUGGAGAGCUCGAGAUGCCGGAAGCAGCACCCUUGAUUUUCCCAGCAUUGGAUCGUAUCGCCGAUAUUGAGGGGAGUGAAACCCCCCAGAAAAGUAACAAAUUCAAGGGCAGUGGAAAGUUCGUGACCGAUUACUUCGAUCGUCGAGCCCAAGCCAAAUACGCAAUGCAAAAUCCAACCAGCUCUCUCGCAACGCCUAAACCGCAAUUUCUCUCCCGCUACUCUGACCCGAGUCACCCGGCUAGUAGCGGGUCACUCAUCUCCCUCAUCACUGGCGGUCACAUUAAUCCGCAAGCGCGAAAAACGGAGCGAAAAGCUGCGAAGGAAGAAAGAAGACAGAACAAAAGAAUUAGAAAGGCGAACCAAAGAGGAGAAGUCAUUACUCCGGAGACGGGACUUAGGAGAAAGAGAAAGCCCGGACUUGUAAAGAGAAUUUUGCAAAAGGAUGUGCUUUACCUCAUGGUUGUGAGUUACGACCGGGGGAGUGCGGAAUAUCAGGCUGGUAUUCAAAGUGUCGUGGAGGAAAGGGGGGUUCAAUGA